AUGGCUGGAUUGUACAAAGGACAAGCAUAUGGUUUACGUGAUAAAGCCUUUCGACAAUCUAAAACCUCUUUCAACCGCUUUGUGGUCAUAGCUGCUUCUUCUGACUUCCUCUGGUCCUCUGGAUCACAGUCCUCGUCAAAAGAUGGAACCACAGUGAGGUGCACUCAAGGGGACAGAGAAGCUCUGCUGGUGUUCAAACAAGGGACUAGCCAGCUGUUUCCUCUUUACUGGCCCAAUGAAGAGGAAGAUUGCUGCAAAUGGGAAGGUGUUAGCUGCGACAAUCACACCGGUCAUGUAACUCACCUUGAUUUUCGCUCUUAUCCAUUGGUUCUAUUAUUUUUGUCUGAAUAUUCUGUGCUUAAUUUACCUUCUCUUACCUACCUGGACCUCAGUGGGAGUAGCCUUUCAGGACAUACGGUCGUCCAAUUCAUUGGUUCUCUCACAAACUUAGUUUACCUUAAUCUUUCCAAUAGUGAGAUAUAUGGUCCAUUUCCCAACCAGAUCAGGAACCAUUCCAACUUGCAGUAUCUGGAUCUUUCCAAUUGUGACUUCAGCGAUCCUACCCCUGUCCCAAAGUUUAUUGGCUCACUCAACAACUUAACGUACCUCGAUCUUUCUUACAGUGGCUUUACUGGAGUCAUCCCCCAUGAGCUUGGAAAUCUAGCGAAGUUGCAGUAUCUUGACCUGCGUCAUAACGCGUUAGUUGGUACUAUUCCAAAGUUUAUUAGCUCGCUUAGCAACUUAACGUACCUUGACCUUUCUCACAAUAGGUUUGUAGGAGUCGUUCCAAAUGGGAUUGGGAACCUCUCUAAGUUGCAGUAUCUGCACCUAUCUACAAAUCAACUUAGUGGUGUUCUUCCAGAAUCCAUCUGUAAAUUAUCCAAUUUAAAAGCCUUGGAUUUUAGUUUCAACAAUUUUACAGGAACACUCAAUUCCUUAGCAGUUGCUGAAGAUUUGCCUUUAAGGUUUCUCGAUAUCUCACAUAACCAAUUAUGUGGUUCACUUCCUCACAAUUGGAUGCAUUUUCAAGGUCUGGUGUUUCUUAACUUAGGAUAUAACAACUUUUCUGGCCGAAUUCCAAUGUCAAUAGGGCAUCUAAGUUCUCUUGAGACAAUGAUUUUGCGAAACAAUAAACUUCACGGUCAACUGCCUACGUCUCUAAGAAACUGCAGCAGCCUUGGUUUUGCAGAUUUUGGGUUAAACAAGCUAUCAGGAAAGAUACCGUCAUGGAUCGGGUAUGGCCUACCAAAGUUGUUAAUGCUCUCAUACUAUCUCUACAUCAACAGGAUUUCUGGAACUAUUCCACCAUGUCUGUCAAAUCUCACUGCCAUGAUCCAAAACAGAACUGAAGUCUCUCAGCAUACCUACUCCUCAUCAUACAAAAAGAAAGUAAACUAUGUAUCGUAUGAUCCUUGGAUUUUUAGAAGUCCUUUUCCACAAUCAAUAGGACCGCAAAACUAUAGUUAUUAUGACAAUGUAUUGGCAAGAUGGAAAGGGCAGGAGUUAGAGUAUGGUCAAAAUUUUGCAUACCUAAAGAUGAUCGAUCUAUCGAGAAAUGAAAUGACCGGAGAAAUUCCUGCUGGAAUAACAAGGCUUCUAGAUCUCAAAGGGCUGAAUUUGUCAGGAAAUAAGUUUUAUGGAAAUAUUUCUCUGGAUAUUGGCCAAUUGAAAGUACUGGAAUGCUUGGACUUGUCAAUUAACCAAUUUUCAGGUGAAAUUCCUUUAAGCCUCUCUGGAUUAUCUUUUCUUGCAUAUUUAGAUCUCUCAAAUAACAACUUUUGGGGAAGGAUUCCGUCUGGUACUCAGCUCCAAGGAUUUAAUGUCUCUUCAUACGAGGGGAAUACUGGACUGUGUGGUAAACCUCUCACCAAAUCAUGCCUCUCAGAUAAACCUGAUGAUCCCAUCCAGCCAAUGUCCCGCGAUUAUGAAUUUGAUGGGGAUGACAGUGAAUAUGAGAAGUGGCUGUAUAUAAGUGCAGUACUUGGUUUCAGCACUACGUUUUGGGGCAUGAUUGUAACGUUAGUUCUACACCGUCGCUGGAGACAUGCUUAUUUCCUAUCUCUGGAGAACUUCAAAGAACGAAUAUAUGUUGCAAUGGCUGUGCGCAUAGCCCGAUUGCAGAGAAAAGACUUGAAAGUGUUAGAAAGCUUAGACUUGUCCACAAACAAAUUUUCAGGUGAAAUUCCUCCAAGCAUGUCAGGAUUAAGUUUUCUUGCUUUCUUAAAUCCCUCAAACAACCACUUAUCUGGAAAAAUCCCAUCUGGUACUCAACUCCAAGGAUUCAAUGCUUCCACUUAUGAGGGGAACACUGGACUCUGUGGUAAACCACUGACAAAUAUAUGCCCCGGAGAUAAACCAGCUGAUCGUGACACAAAUUCCUCCAGCGAGGAUGAACAUGAUGAAGGAAACAGCGAAUACAGGAUGUGGCUGUGUAUAGGCGGUGUACUUGGUUUCAGUACUUGUUUUUGGGGAAUCAUUGGAACUUUAGUACUAAACCGUCACUGGAGACAUGCAUAUUAUCUGUCCUUGCACAACUUGAAAGAACGAAUUUAUGUUGCCAUGGCUGUGCGUAUUGGCAGAUCGCAGAGAAAUUUUAGGGGUGAUCAUGUACUUGGUUGA